AUGGCUGCAUCAUAUGCGAGACUUACGGUAACAGCGUUGGUGCUGAUAGCUUUGGCACCAACCUUUCUCCAAUCUUCAGCUUCAGUUUCAGCUUCAUCUGUGGGUAAAUUCGUUGACGAAACCAUCAACUCCCACAAGAUCGUCAUUUUCUCCAAGACCUAUUGCCCGUACUGUAGAAGAGCAAAAGCUCUUUUCAAAGAGUUGAACCAGAUUCCACAUGUUGUUGAGCUUGAUGAGAGAGAGGAUGGUUCACAGAUUCAGGAAAUCUUGAUUAAUAUUGUUGGAAAGCGUACUGUGCCACAAGUUUUUGUUAAUGGACAACACCUUGGAGGGUCAGAUGAUACCGCUGCCUAUUACGAGAGUAGACAUCUGCAUAAACUUCUAGGAAUUAAGGAAGAACAUCGUGAUGAUCUGUGA